UUGAGUUGAAAUCAUAAUUCAAUAUGGUAUCAGAGCCUAUUGAUCCGUCUCUUCCUUCUCGAUAACACAAAGAAAAAAAUCGGCCUAGCCGAUUCGUCUUCCCACGCCGCCGAUCUCCACCAAUCGGCCAUGGCUGCUCAAUCUUCUGAUCCCAUGGAUCGUCUGCCUACGGGUUUGAAAUUAUUUGUCCGGAAUCUUCAAUCUCUAACUCCGGUCAAACUUGAUGAUACAAAUUAUCCUUCUUGGUCUGCUACGGUUCGUGCAAAUCUCAUCGUUCAUCGUCUCCUCGGAUAUGUUGAUGGUUCAGAAGUGCCUCCUCCACCCCUUGUUCUGGACGAGAAAGCUGCCGCCCCUGGCAAGGAUGAACUGCCAGUUAUGAAACCCAAUCCUGCUUAUGACUCAUGGGUUCUUGUUAAUGCUCAAAUCCGGGCCUGUCUUCUUGCUAUUGUUUCUCCAACCGUUCAGACUCAUAUUCAUGCUCUUCCGUCCUCUGCUGCGAUCUGGAAUCACCUCGAACAACGGUACAAUUCUCUAUCACGUACUCAUAUUUUUCAAUUGAAGGAGCGCCUACAUAGCAUUCAAAAGGGCACUGAUUCCAUGCAAACAUACCUGGACACUGUUCUCACUAUUGUCUCAUCUCUGAAAUUGGCUCAUGAGGACAUCUCUGAACAAGAUAUUAUCCUGUGUGUGCUUCGAGGCCUCCCUACGGACUAUGCCUCGCUCAAACAAAACGUUCGUACUAAUAUUGCAACCGUCACUUUUAAUCAAGUAUCUGCGUGGUUGCUCUCGGAAGAAUUAAAUCUCACCUUUGAGAAGAAAUUGCACCUUGGUGACACUGGUUCUCCCUCGUCAACAGAUCUUCACCAUGCAUUAUUCACCAAUUCAGGACGAGGUGGAUUGCGGAUUCAAAGAGUUGUUUCGUCCUCAUCCUCGACUGUUGCUUACUCGACUACCGCUGCUAUUGCCGUGGUGCUGUGGGUUCAUGCCGACAAGGUUCCUCGUGAUGCUGCCUAUCAAAUCGGAGAGGGGUGCUGUAUUUAUAGGACUGGACGCGAAGCGUCCGACCCCAGCCGUCCAGAUCCAAAGCGUCCAAAAUUGGACACCUUACACGGCCCGUCCAUUCGUUGCUCGCCACGUGGCUUUCGUGAUGCCCAAUCUUUGCCAAGCGUCCAAGGGGAAGCGUCCAACCUGCAAAGCGUCCAAGGCUUGGACGCUUCGGGCCUUCUCCUGUGGGCUUUUUCCGCGGCUUGAUCCAAUUCAGGCCCAAUUUCAAUUUUUACUUUGCUUCGCAGUUUGUUUCAGCUUCCUCCGAUAUUCUCAUGAUAAAAUUCUCAGUUAAAAACUUGUUUUUCUUUCAAAUAAGAGCAGAAAAAUCAACAAUCUAGACUGGACGAACUUUAAACCAAUUAUUAUUCCUUAAAGAACAAAUCAAGGAUAUUGUUCAUU